AUGAGCGUCCAUAAAAGGGAGCGGCGGGGUCGGGGUCCCCGGAUCGAACCCUCCCCUCCCGGGGUCGUGACGAGCUGAAGCCUGUAGCUGGCGGGGCGGCUGGGCGGGCGGCGGGCGAGCUGCGUGGGCCGCGGGCCCGCCGUGGUCCCGGACGGGUGGCGGCGCGCCGAGGCCUGCGCGCCCGUCCUCCGCUCUCAGGUCGCCCUUCCCCGCCUUGCCAUGGCCCUGCGGGCCGAAGGCGCCGCGGCGCUUGACUGCUUCGAGGUGACGCUCAAAUGUGAGGAAGGGGAGGACGACGAUGAGGCCGUGGUGGUGGCCGUAAUCCCGCGGCCUGAGCCGAUGCUCCGAGUAACCCAACAGGAAAAGACGCCGCUACUUAGACCUAACCUGCUGGAAGCAGGUGUCGAAGCCUGUGAGGAGCCCAAGCAGCAAGUGUCAUGGGAGCAGGAAUUCCUGGUGGGAAACAGCCCAGGAGGCAGUGGAAGGGCGCUGUGCAUGGUGUGUGGGGCUGAGAUCCGGUCCCCAUCAGCAGACACUGCUCGCACACAUAUCCUGGAGCAGCAUCCCCAUACCCUGGACCUGAGCCCCUCUGAGAAGAACAACAUCUUGGAAGCCUGGAGCGAAGGGGUGGCCCUUCUGCAAGAUGUCCAAGCUGACCAGCCAUCUCUGCCCAGCCUAGAGUCAGGCCAGGAUGACCAGCCAGAUCCCAUCUCCAACCCGGAUCCUGCCAGGAUGCCAGCAGAGAUCGUAGUUCUCUUGGACUCUGAGGACAACCCAUCCCUCCCUAAGAGGCUCCGACCCAGAGGACUCCGCCCCCUUGAGCUGCCUGUUGCCCCUGUCACAGGGCCAGGAAAUAAAAGGCCUCGUGGUCAGAGAUGGAAAGAGUCCCCUGAGGAGCCUGCUAGAAAGAAGAGAAGCAGGCAUAUGACGAAAAACCUGGCCCCUGACCCAGUUCUACAUGGCCUUCUUUUAGACCCCCCAUCUCCUGAGUCAUCCACAGAGACGUUUGCAGCACCAGCUGAAGUCCGACACUUCACUGAUGGCAGCUUCCCUCCUGGCUUCGUCCUUCAGCUCUUCUCCCACACUCAGCUCAGGACCACAGACAAUAAGGACUCUUCUAAAGACCGCAGAGCAGCAGCAGAGGGCCUGCCCCAGCCACCAAGUCCAUCUUCAGCUCCCCCUCCGGGGCUCCGUGGGACACUGGAUCUCCAGGUUAUCCGUGUUCGAAUGGAGGAGCCACCAGCCGUCAGCCUCUUACAGGACUGGUCCAAGCACCCCCAGGGCACCAAAGGGGUGGGAACAGGUGACAACCCAGGCUGGCCUACAGUUCUAUCAGAAUCCAGUGCCACUGUAAAGGGACAACCAGAGGCAGGAAGUGGGAUAUAAGUUUUCAGUUUCCUGAGGAGGGUAUGGGUGGGAGGAGGGACAGGUGGGAGGGAGGAGGCAGUUACCCCCUUUGGCUUAAAUCUCAGAUCUGCCCAGCUUGGCUACCUGAUGGAGAGUUUUAAAACUAGGCGCCAGGACAAUGUGGAGGGGGGAGGAGUGACAUCACUGUCACAUUGGGGUACUAAAAAGUGCCUGCCCCUGGCCAAGCCUGAGGUAGGCAGAGGUAGCUUAGGCUGUUGGGUGAUAAGGCAUUGGGCCUGUGGAGAACACCUUCCCCAAUCCUUUGCUGAACUACCCUCUGAACCCCACACCUCCUCCUUCCUCAGUUCUCCACUAUUCUCCCCUGGCACAGUGCCUUAUGCAGAGGUGGUCAUAAUGGGGAUUGAACUGAGUCCCACUACCUCGGGGGACACCUCUCCUCCCCCACUUCUGGCUCCUAGAGCAGGAGGCCUCCAUUACCUGUUAGCACCUCAUCCCUGUUGAGGGCUCCCUUUACACCUCAUUCACCUGUUGUUCUGUGCAUCUAUUGUCCUGUUGUAUAUAUUGCCUUUGUUGAAAAUAAAUUAUUUUUUUUUUAAUUAAAAGAUCUGUCUGGGCUGUCAUUGGGGAAAGGGAGGAUUCUUAGAGCAGCUUAAGGGACAGGAAAACUGAAAGGUAGUUGUGAGUGGGAGCCAGAGAUCCCAGUCUAGGCAGCGGAGCAGUGAGCUCAGAGUAGGGCUUACAUGGACCUCUGGACCUGUUUUAACUUGGUGUCAAUCAACUGAGAAACACAUUUUAUUUAUUUGACCUACUGAUCUAACUGGUAAGCCUCUGUCCAAGCAAAUCUUCUAUGAGUCUAGGGACAUUUCACACCCAGUGAGCUAAGAGUUACUGGGGCCUGACCCUGGCCGCCUGUACAGGCCCCUCCCCUGUGAUGAGAAGGUGGCACAUGCCUGCUUUCUUGCCGGUCUGUGUACUCUACUACACAGUUCACCCCUGUUUCUCAGCCUCAACCCAAGUCUGCCUCAGGUCUGCAGAUUUCCUGCACAGACCUGAUCAAUAGGCUUUUGCUCUAAAAUGAACUUCCCAGGUGGUUUAUUCUCAAAUCCUCCAUUUCACUGUCUGGUUCACCCCACACUGCUGCCUGCUGAGCUGCUCCAGGCAAAUCAUGGAGACUUAGAGGUAAAGAGGAAGAGUCAGCUGUGCUGUGCUAAGCUUGUGUUUCCUAGGUCAGAGAGCACAUACUAGACUACUGAGGACUGGCUCUGUUAAGCCAUCUGAUGUUCUCAGGAGGAACCCAAAAUGUAGAAGGUCCAUGUCCAGGGGUGGCAGAGACAGGUGUGAAGUAGAAGAAGGAGUCAAAGGCUGAGGGUACCUCAUAUCCAGAAUGUCCAGCCAUUGUGUGAAGAGAGGUGGGCCAUAGAACUCCUGGGGUCUAUACCUAUUUCUACAAGUUGGCACAGUUGUUACGCUCCCUAACAAUAACAUGGACUGUCUGAAAGCACUGUGUUGGAAUUGGAGGCAGUUUCUGCCCCUACAGUUGUGUGUUUACAUUUAUGCCAAAUUGUUUUUAUCACAUUUUGUCUAUCACAAAGUAUUGAGGAAAUGUAUCGAAGCUUGUGUUGUAGUAAAGUGAUGACCCAAAUGUCCUGUGGUUGUAUGGGCCUGAUUUGUCCUAGACUGUGAACUCUGUGGGCCAGGGAUCAAAUUGUAUCGACUUGAUGUUUCUGGUUCCGUGCAUAGGGCCUGGUACAUAAGUGCUCAAUAAAUGUCUGUCAA